UCUGGCUCAGUAUGAUCCCAUCGAACACAGUCCUUUGGCGGGGCCACCUCUGGCUGUACGUGGAGCGCGGAGUGUCCGCAAGCGCCCCCUGCCCUGACACCUGACUGCACUAUAGAGACUGUACUGUUAAGGUGUCAGUAGGGGUGUGUGUUGCGUGAGUGUAUGGCCUGCGCUGCACGACGCCGUCGAACAGAACCCACGGCUUGUACCAUCCGAGAAAGCGGCGGGGGUGUGUUCGGCUGCGCUGCGCGACACCGCGGAACGGGCUCUGUUUCCUCCAGCUUUACGGGGAAAUUCGCUCCGUGUCGCGCUGCUCUCCUUCCUGCUUCUCUUCCCGUUUCGUCCAGCUGCCGCGCUGCUGUUCGCCCCUCUGUGGCCGAGCGCGGCUCCCCUGCGGUCACCGGCGUGUUUCUGCGGACAUGGCGGCGGCGGCGGCGGACGCGCUGGCCGGCUUCCACUCGCAGGUGGCCUCCGUCAUGGAGGUGCUGGCGAACGCGGCCGUGGCCGAGAUCUGCAAGCUGGUGGACGAGGGUUACGCGCUGCUGCGGCUCGAGGUGUCGCGGAGGCAGAAGGAGAACAGGGUGCUGAGGAGGAGGAUCCGCCUGAUGGAGAUGAAGAUGGCCCGCGGGUGGCCCUGCUCGGUCACCGGGAAAGAUCCCUUUGCAGAUGACAAUGAUGCGGAGGGGAGCAGAGAUGCUGCACAGCGGCCGAAGGACAGGAGCAAGGAGUGUGCAGGUGUUGUUGAGGAAGGCCCUGAGCCUCCAUUCAUCAAGCAGGAGAACUGUGGAGAUGACUCCAUACACAGCUGUCCGCAGGAGGAAUUGGAGGUCACCAAAGAGAGGACUGUGGAGUUGGCAGCUGAUGCUGGGGCCGAGCAGACAUCGGUGACUAACAGCGCCGAGGAGGCCGACGAUGAAUCCCGGAGCAGAUGUGCCGUUUGGGAGCUGGCCCAUGCAGCAGAGGGUGGAGCAGCACCACAUCUGGUCAAGGUGGAGAGAUCUGAGCUGGGCUUUGAGGAGCAGUUGAGGACAGCUGAGGAAAUUCCUGCAGAAGAAAUAGACACCGGCCCAGCCUGCAGAGGAGGCCCUACUGGGGGAGCUCUGGGACUGCUGGGCCAAAGCACUGAGGAGCUUCCUAGGGCUCAGCGGUCUGAGCUCCAUGUCUGGGAGAGGUGCAAGUCACAGAAAGUCCUGAAGGCAUUGCCGGAGAAACACAGGGUGGAGCUGCUGUACGUUGAACCUGAGCCCAGCACAGAUGUGCAGAGCAGGCUGAGCUCUGUGUACCUAACAUUUGAUGCAGCUGCUCAGCAGAAGAUGUUCCUUCCUCAGGGUGGUGGUGAGACAGAUGUAUUGGUGCUGGCAGUUAACUCUGAACUGCAUGGGGUUCCUGUCACAGGGGAAGGUGGCGGAUUGGGCAUGUCUUCUGCAUGGACACCUGAUCUUGUAGCUAGUGACUCUGGCGUACGACCUCCACACCCACAGCCAGCGGUCAGAGGUAUUACGGAGGAGUCCAGCUUGGAAGCCACAGAGACUCUGGUCAAUGAGGUCACGUCCCAUGUCAACAGUCUGUUUGUUUGUCAAAGUGACAAGGUGCACGGCAGGGUCGGAACCAAAGAGAAACGCUUCUUCUGCACGUUCUGCGGCAAAGGGUUCAACUUCCCUAAGCAGGUGGAGAUCCACCAGCGUGUGCACACAGGCGAGAAGCCCUUCAGUUGUGCACAGUGCCGCAAACAGUUCUCCCACUCAGGGAACCUGAAGCGACACCAACGUGUGCACACGGGCGAGAAGCCCUUCAGCUGCACACAGUGCGACAAGCGCUUCUCCCACCUCCACCAGCUCAAGAUGCACCAGCGUGUACACAGCGGUGAGAGGCCCUUCAGCUGCACGUACUGUGGCAAGAGCUACGCAGAGAGGAGUUACCUGCGCAUCCACCAACAGAGGAACCACACUGCUGUGCUCAGCCUCAGAUGAGCUCUCUCACUUUGUGCCAGUCAUAAACUAUGGUCACACUGCUUGUACAUCUCUAACAUGGGUAUUUAGGAGUAUGGUAGCUCACUGUUGUCACAUCAUAAUGCCAGGUUUUUACCCAGGCCCAUCACCUACAUGGAGUCUGUAUGUCCUCACAGUGUCUGUCCAGGCCCUGCGAUGGUCCAACAUCCCAUAUGGGGGUCCCUGGUGAUCACAGCUGAUGUAAUGGAGGCGUGCAUGUAACCGUGUUUUACUGCAUUGUGGCGUAUGAAGUGUCAAUGUGCCAAGAGAGACACACUGACUGUACCUGUACUGGAAGAUAGGAUUCAUUCAUUACAUGUUCACAAAAGAUGUGGGAAAAGUGGUCCCUUGUAAGAACAUUUUUGGUAUUUUCUAACUUUCAUAAAAAAAAAAAUCUCUAUUAAAAACUUAUU